GCGAGAUGCGGCAGGCGGCAGCAAUGGCAGCGGCAGUGGCAGUGGCGAUCCUCGCCUUUACCCUGGCCGCCACAGCUGGCGUGUCCGCGGCGCCCACCACGGACCUGCAGCUGGACCAGGCAGCCGCAACCUCCACCACGGAGGACUACAUCACAGUCUCGCUCCUCGCGGAAGACGUGCCCGUCGAUGAAGAAGAGCCCACCGACCGCGCCGUGAGGCCUGUGCCGCAGCAGCAGCCCGAUGCUCAGACAGUUAACGUCUCGGAGCCUGGACGGUAUGCAACCCGCACGCUGCCUGACCUUCCGCUCGCCGUGGCGGCGGCGGCGGCGCAGCUGCACGCGGGCUCUGCUUGCGGACGGGACUACAGCCGCUACCUGGACGCGCUGCGCAACUUCACCCUCUGGGCCGUGCAGAUGUAUGACGCAUCGGUAAAGGCGCCCACCGGAGUGCUGUUCGGAGCCGUGUACCAGCUGGGUCACUACGACGAGUGCGUGUCGGUGCGGGCAGCGCAGUACUGCCUGCCCGAGGUGCGUUUCAAACCCUCGGAACCGCAGCCACUGCCCGCAGACCCCUACACCCUCAACUUCGACCCCGAGGGCUCUGCAUGGCUCAAGCUGCAGGACACAGGCGAUGAGAGAAAAAUUCGCCGGGACCGCAUCUCGUGGGCAUUGUGUGUCCCAUCCACAUGCUCUGCAACAGAGGUCCAGGUGGCAAUGGGUGCUGUGCUCCGUGAGGUGGGGCCCCCUCUUGGUGCCAGCCUGGAGGUUGUGCUGGACCGUGACAGCUGCACAUCCCAACUUGAGCAGCCCACUCUGCGUCCAGUGCACAUCACUUUCAUGUGUUUUAUGGGAGCUCUAAUUCUACUGGUUUUAUACUGUUCAUACUAUCAUAUGCGCUCAAACAUGAAUCAAAAUUCCUUGCAGUCUACAAAAAAUUUAGGUACCAAAGAACAACUGAUAUUUGCCUUUUCAAUUUUUCAAAAUAUCCAGCGCCUCACAGAAAAAAAUGGUAAAGUGAGAGGACUUGACAGCUUUCACUUUGUGCGUUUCUUAUUUAUCAUUGCGGUGAUUGCUGGUCAUCGGAUGCUUAUUUCGUAUGGGCAUCCGGUAUACAAUGGUGAAGACUUGGACAAGAUAUACAGCAACUUUUUCAGUAUCCUCUUAGCAAAUGGGGCACUAGUUGUUGAUGUAUUCUUCACAUUAGCUGCCUUUACUUCAGCUUAUAUUCUUUUUGACGAACUGGAAAAGCCAACAAAUGCUAAGAAUAUUUUUUCUGUUAUAUUAACCCGAUAUUUAAGGUUGACGCCAUCAUAUCUGGUUAUUCUGUUAUUUGAAAUUUGUGUCUUACCUUACAUAGGUAAUGGACCAUUCUGGAAAACCAGUGUUAUUAAAGAGCAAAAUCGCUGUAGUGCAUACUGGUGGGCUAAUAUACUAUACAUAAACAACUAUCUAGAUAUAAAAAAUCUGUGCAUGUUUCCAAGUUGGUACCUGGCUGUUGAUUUCCAAAUGUUUGUGCUGACUACUUUUCUUAUUUACAUAAUAUGGCGAUGGCCAAAAGUUGGCUGGAUUAUAACUGGUGUUAUAGCCACCUUGUCAGUACUUAUACCGUUCCUUGUCGUAUACAUGUGGAAUAUUGAACCAAUUGUGAAACCAUUUCCCAGGAAUUUCAAAGAUCCAAGAGAGGACAAAACAUUUCAAAUAGCUUAUGUAACUACACAUACUAGAGCCGCUCCAUAUAUCAUAGGAAUGAUAUCUGGCAUUCUCACUCAUAAGGGAAUUUCAGCUGCAUUUAAAGUCCCUAUGGUCUUUGCUUAUACUGGAGUGGCAAUAAGUGCGGUUAUAGGGCUGGUCACUGUACUCUCAGGCUACAUAUUUUUUAUACCAACUCGUCCACUUAACCCCCUUGAGGCUGCUGUUUAUGGAUCCCUAUGUCGAGUGGCUAUAGGUUUGGUAGUGUGCUCCUUCAUAGUACUGCAGACAUUUGGACACAUGGGUCAUUUUGUGGAGAAAAUACAGAAGACCAUCUCAUCUAAUAUAUUUAUUAUCUUCAGUCGGUUGACUUAUGGGGCCUACCUCAUACACACAUUGCCUCAGUUGUAUGAUGAAGGUUCCCUUCGACUUCCUAGGAAUGUUGACUGGUUCACGACAAUAUGGUCCCUUCUUGGAGACUGUUGUGCUGUCUACUUCUUAGCAUUUCUUUUAUUUAUUGGUGUAGAGGCACCUAUUCGAACAAUAUCAAAAAUAUUGCUCUCAUGACUUUCAAGAAAAAAUGUAGUCCUUUGAAAAGGUAUCCUGCUGAAACUCAUCGAUGAUACAACACAUCUCCUCUGCAGAGAGCAUGUAUCUAUGAGGGUAUUUAUGCACAUACUGAAGGUUUACAACCAUUUCAGUGUUAAAAUGGGAAAACACUGUACAUAUUGAGUACAGAAAAUUUGCUUAUACAAAUACAUUCACUGUUUCCUAACAAGAAUAUGAUCACCAGUGGUUCAAAGACUCUACUUGUGGGUUAGGAAUUAUAAAACCUUAGUAGUGAUGGGUUUUUUUGGUGGUGAGAUAACUUCCAUCAUAGUGAAAAUAUUGUUCAUGCUCCAAAGAAAUAUUCUGCAAUAUAUGUAAUAUCUACAUAUAUUGGAAGUUACUGUUACCAUUUUGUACAUAAAUAAUGUUAUUUAUUUAUUUUUAUGUGUAAAAUAUUAAAACUAAAAUAAAUAAAAAGUGUUUUUUAAGUUA